AUGCCAAAGCAGCUUGGACACGUGAGUGGGGUCGCCUAUGCGGCGACCACUCUUUUCAUAGGAGAUCCCUGGUUCGGACUGGGUGUUUAUGCAGCCUGCAGCCCUGCACGUGUGUUGCUCACCUACGGGCUUCCGUCGAUGGAUCAAACUUCUACGACCUUUGACCUGAUCCUGUACAUGAUGAAUGACAUCUUGACAUCCAUCUUCAUUUACCUGAUCUUGCAACAUAUCGACUUUCUCUUGGGCAAGCUACUCCGGACCACCAUUGACUUGGAGGAUCAAGUCCAGGAGAAAGAACGGAGCAGGAAAGAAACCGAUGACCUGCUGGCCGCCGCCCGACGACUGCUCUCGGUGACCUGUGAUUGCUGUGAGCAACUCACGGAUCGUUUAGAGAUGGUCGAGCCUUCUCAAAACACUUUGGCCAUGUUGCAGAUCAAGAACCCAGAGGAGGACGCGAGGAACGCCAUGUCUCUCCCCUUCUUGCAGUUUAUUUGCACCGAAGACCAGGAUAGAUUUUCACAGUUCAUCGCGGCCUCAGAUUCUCAGGCCCCAUCCUCAUUGCACCUGCGCAUGCAAACCUGCAAGGGUGCGCCCUUUGAGGCUCAAGUCUUCCACGUGAAUGUACCACAAAGCACAUUGGGAUGCUCCCACUGGCACCUCAUUGGUAUCUCCAAGUCGGCUGCCGCUGAGAUGACUAGCAUCCCCGAGCACUGCACGGUGGACCCUUCGCCUUUCAUCCCCCUGCUCAGCGCCCCGCGGCCCCGGAGCCGUCGCUCCGUCUCCAGCGGCUCGCGCUCGGCCGCCGCGUCGACGUCCAGCGGCGCGUCGUCGGAGUGGAGCUCGUCGGCGGCCGCGGCGCAGCUGGAUCGAAGCAUCAAGGAGAUUCAACUGAUUUCACUGGCCGUAGAGCCGGUGGAUUUUGGGGUCUCCUCCGUGAACAUUGUUUUCCACGACGCCAAGACCAUGAACAUCAUGAAUUGGAUCAGCACCAAGAGUGCGUCAGCAGUGCAAGGCUUCAUUCAACACCACUUGAAUUCUUGGCACCAUGCAGAGCGCUCGACUGAUAUUUGCAAACGCGUUAAGUUCCGAGCGCCUGGAACGCGCUCCGCCUUUGUGGCUCAGAUGUCCAUGGGGGAGAUUGAGGGCGAGCCAGGUGAGGGCGAUCCCCGCAAGAUGCGACUCGACCUGAAGGGCGUGGUGUUUCGCUAG